AUGCCGCUGGAGAAAUGCCCGCAGUCCCCAGUUAUUUGUGAACAAAGAGUUCUAAUUCCAAACGAGCAUGGGGAGAAGCUUGUUGGUUUAUUACAUCAAACAAGUUCAAAGAAACUUGUGAUCCUUUGCCAUGGAUUCCGAGCCACAAAGGAUGACAGCAUCUUGGUUGACCUUGCUGAUGCCAUCACAAAGGAAGGAAUUAGUGCUUUUCGGUUUGAUUUUUCUGGAAAUGGGGAAAGUGAUGGUGAAUUCCAGUAUGGAAGCUACAGAAAAGAGGCAGCUGAUUUGCGCUCUGUAGUAUUACAUUUCUCAGAACAGAAAUACGACAUAAUUGCUCUUAUUGGGCAUAGCAAAGGAGGAAAUGCUGUGCUUCUUUAUGCUUCCAAGUACCAUGACGUCCCCAUCAUUGUCAACAUUUCUGGCCGCUUUGCAUUAGAGCGAGGUAUUGAGGGGCGCCUUGGGAAGAAUUUCAUGAAGAGAAUAAACAAAGAUGGAUACAUCGAUGUGAAGAAUAAAAAAGGGGAGCUGGAGUACCGGGUGAGGAAAGCGAGUCUGGAAGACCGGCUGAGCACUGAUACCCUUUUCUCCAGCCGUGCCAUAAGCAAAGUCUGCAGGGUUCUCACGAUCCACGGCGCCAAAGACGAGAUCGUGCCGGCGGAGGAUGCACUGCAGUUCGCGGCGAACAUCCCCAACCACGAGCUGCGCAUCAUCGCAGAGGCCAACCACCGUUACACCGGGCACGAGGAGGAGCUGGCCUCGCUGGUGCUUGACUUCCUCAGGUCCCAUCUCCACCAGGGCACGUCGCGCUUGCGUCCGAAAUUGUAG